CGUCCGCCGGAGCAGCUGCGAAUUUGGCUCCUAGCUUCGUAUAUGUGCCACUAACCAGCCUUUUAGGCUAUCAAAUUAUUUCUUUCCAACUUCAGCUACAGUGAUAGCUAAGUUUGGAAAGGAGGAAAGAGGAAAACGCCGUGUCUUCUUUUUGUUUUUGUGUAGCUGUCGACAGUUACAUGCCGCGUUCGACCUCCUUUACAUUACAAACGGGGAGAUAGCGUAAAGAAAAAAAAAAAAAAAAACAACAAAAAACAACAACAUUCAGUUGGGUAUUUUUUGCCAUUUGGACAGCUUUAAAAUGGAUAAUUCUGGACCCAAGAAGACAUGCUGUGAAUCUAUCCGAGAUUUCUUCACUUCAGCCAAAUUCCUUAUUUACAUGGGACAUGCUCUGUCAACAUGGGGUGACCGAAUGUGGAACUUUGCCGUGGCUGUUUUCCUGGUAGAGCUGUACGGGAACAGCCUGCUGCUCACGGCCGUAUACGGGCUUGUGGUGGCCGGCUCCGUGCUGUUGCUGGGGGCCAUCAUUGGGGACUGGGUGGACAGAAACCCCAGACUCAAAGUGGCCCAGACUUCGCUGCUCGUCCAGAACAGUUGCGUCAUCGUGUGUGGGAUCCUCCUGAUGGUUGUUUUCCAGUUCAAAGAACAGCUUGUGGAGCUCUACAAUGGAUGGAUUCUGACAACUUGCUACAUCCUGGUCAUCACCAUCGCCAACAUCGCCAACCUUGCCAGCACGGCUACAUCCAUCACCAUCCAGAGGGACUGGGUUGUGGUCGUGGCAGGUCAGGACAGCAGCAAGUUGGCAGACAUGAAUGCCACAGUGCGGAUUAUUGACCAGCUGACCAACAUCCUGGCUCCCAUGCUGGUGGGCCAGAUAAUGGCCUUUGGCUCCCAUUUCAUUGGCUGCGGCUUCAUCUCUGGCUGGAACCUGUGCUCUAUGUGUCUGGAGUAUGCGCUGCUGUGGAAGGUCUACCAGAAGACGCCAGCAUUAGCCGUGAAAGCAGGACAAAAGGAGCAGCAGCAGGAGCUCAAACAGCUCAGUCCUCCGAAAGACUUGGAGAACGGCCAAAGUCCUGAGGAGUCUUCUCAGCCGCUGAUGAAUGAAGCCUCAGUGGUGGCCAAGCCCGACUCUCCCAAGCAGCAUGGCUGUUGCUACCAGGUGACCGAACCCCUGCGCACCUUAAAGGCCGGCUGGGUGGCCUACUACAACCAGAACAUAUUCUUCGCCGGCAUGUCCCUGGCUUUCCUCUACAUGACAGUGCUGGGCUUCGACUGCAUCACCACAGGUUAUGCCUACACACAGGGCCUCAACGGCUCAGUGCUCAGCCUGCUGAUGGGGGCUUCGGCCGUGUCGGGUAUCUGCGGCACUGUUGCCUUCACUUGGGUUCGCAAGAAGUGCGGCUUGAUCCGCACGGGCUUCAUCUCGGGCGUGGCUCAGCUGUCCUGCCUCAUGCUGUGCGUAGUCUCUGUCUUCACUCCCGGGAGCCCCUUCGACCUCAGUGUCUCACCCUUCCAGGACCUUUACACCCACUUGAUUGGCGAGAAGACCCUGCCCGAGGCUGACCACAGCCUCACCAGCGUUCUUACGGGUGGGAAUGCCACUACUGCUGCACCAGCCGAAGAGCUGCCACCUCUGCAGUCCUACAUGUCUGUUAGUCUGCUGUUUGCUGGCGUCAUUGCUGCUAGAGUUGGCCUGUGGUCUUUCGACCUGACAGUGACCCAGCUCAUCCAGGAGAAUGUGAUUGAGUCAGAGCGAGGUGUGAUCAACGGCGUCCAGAACUCCAUGAAUUACCUCUUAGACCUGCUGCACUUCAUCAUGGUGAUUCUGGCUCCGAACCCCGAGGCCUUUGGCCUGCUGGUCAUCAUCUCUGUCUCCUUUGUGGCCAUGGGUCACGUCAUGUACUUUAGGUAUGCCUUCAAGAGCCUGGGUAGCCGCCUCUUCCUCUGCUGCUCAACGGAGCAGAAGGUGGAGAUGGUAGACAGCCCCUCACUUCCUACCACCGUCUAACUCCAUUUAACCGACUCUGUCCUGGGUACAUAUUUCUCAAGCCUUACCCUAUCCCUGCAUGUUAUUUAUCGAGCGAACAUAAUUGCUUCUAGCUGUCAGAAUGCUCAUGCUAACAUAGACGAGAGAAAGGUUACUUAACAUGCUAUGUAUAGCCAUUAAUAAAACAUUAAUCCUUAGCAGAUGGAGGUGAGUAGAAAGCUUACAGUCAUAGAAAACUGAUAGUCCAUAGUAAAAUUUUAGAUAAGGCAGGGUUUCUCUAACUUUUUCAGUCUGGGUGUCCAUGCUUCUUAACACAAACAUGUACUGUCAAACAAUGACCCAUCUCUUGGUCAUUAGGCUUGCGACCCCAUUUUCAGUCCUGUUAAGGAAAACAGUAAAAUACUCUCCUCCUAACCGCCUGGAUCUAGCUGUAAAGAUUUGUAAAAGGUGCUUCAGCUAACAAAAGGGCAAAAUAAGGGAGAAAUGUUGCAGGGAAGCAGGCACUGAGGCUUUAACAAAGGGGGGCGACUGUCUGAGAUCCUAAAAGACAGAGCAUCCAUCUUUUUUUGACACUUGCCUUUCAGUGACAUCAUUGGUGCUGUAGCUGUGACUGCUAGCUGUUCUCUGAUAGCCUCCUCUUGGUUUUGUUAGCUUACAUAAACAUGUAUGAUGAGCAGCUUGUGGAUUUCUUCCUCUAGAAGGGGGUGAGUACUUUUUAUUUGACCAAACACAAAAAAACUGGGAUCUAGUCUCUUUAGUGAGUGGUUAUAAGGGUUAUGCAAUUAACUGUAUUUAUUCAGGAAAUUCAGACAGUGGUUUUUAUAAUAAUUGUAUCAUCAGUAUUGUGUUGUGCGAUCUUGAUUGUGCCACAAGAAACAAAUGAGAAAUCCUGUGCACCCUUGUCAAUAGUUAUCUCAGUUACCAAAGUCAAAGUCCAUAUGUUGCAUUAAAGGAAGUGAGGGAAACCAGUUAUCUGUCUGAAGCAUUCCAAAUAUAUAUUUUUGCAUCAGGUGACAGUAGUGUAGGUUCACUAAUGCUUUCAUAUAAUCCUAGUAUAUCUGAGUAUUUCUAACCCACUCUGAGAUUGUACUUAAAUUUUAUUUUUCCGGUAGAUUCAUUUUGUCACCUUUUGAUUUUUAUGUUUGAGUUCUGUUGAGUGAUUUUUCAAUCAUGAUUGUUGUUACACAGGCACUUUAAGUGAUUGACGUCUGUCAUUACAUCCAAUGCGUGAUCAGGUAUUUGAUCGAUAUUUUUUGCACAAGGCUGAAGUCCUGACUCCCCCAGAUCCCCUCUGCACAAUCAUAUUUCAAUCACUUAUAGUUUCUCUGUCAGUCUGUUCAGGUGCUGUGGGGGGAUUGUGGUUCAAAAAGGCACAUAUUGUAACACUCAGCACCACGUGGAAAAAAAAACUGGACCAGCCCCUGUGAAAAAGUCUGAAUAUAGCCCCAGUUUACUUCAGAUACCCCCGUUUUCUUGAGUCCUCAAGUCCGCCAGGGAGCUUAGUCGGCAUCCCUUAUCUGAUCUCAGUUUACUGCUUCAGACUGCCAACAAACCCUGGACCUGGACUCAGUCAGGGUUUUUGUUCGUAUUGUCCUAAGCUUCAACAGUGAAGGAAACAUUUUACUAAAGUCGAAGCUCUGUCUUCUGUCUUAUGUUGACAUCUUUGGCUUUGCAGUACUAGCGUAGAAAAUGUAUUCAAUAGUACCUCAUUAAAUCAAGUGCAUAGUUUGUGGCUCUUUCGCAUGCUAGCUUUCCUGAAGUGAAGUGAUUCAGCUGAUCCCACUUUGUAGGUAAAAGAGUGUCUUGAAAAACAGUUUAAGACAUAGACAUUGGGAAAGUAGCUUUGCUUUAAAGAUCACAAAGUAACUAUAAUGUAGCUGUAACUACAUCCUUCCACCUUCAGUGAUUUCUGAUGCCUUACUAUAAACUAGCCAUGACAGCUCUUAAACGCACACAUGUGGCUACAUCAAGAAAAAGCUAGCCAGUGUAGACAAGAAAUUGGGGAGUGGCAGGAGGAAAUAUUUGAGUUGGAAACAGAGGUAGCCACAGCAGAUGUAGGAGAACAGAAGGCUACUUUUCAGCUGCGCAUUCCCAUGAAACCUGGUAGAGGAAGUGGUGCUGAGUCAGGAUGUCUGCAGGUGUGCCAUGAGGUGCAGGCUCACUGGGAAUGGAGCUUAAUUCUCUUGUCCCACCCAAGUUUAAUGUAACCCCAAACUCAGUGUGGGCAUGAGAAUAAAACCAGCUCUUACAACAGUCGGUCUGCUGAUUCAGGAAUAUCACACAUGGCUAUAAUUUUUAUAUUUUUAAUGUAAAUAAUAUUAGCUGUCAGUCAGUUUAAACUUACAAAAACAUACAAAUGAAAAAUGUUUAAAAAAAAAUACAUUGUGUAAACUAUUACAUGCUGUUUGUCUGAAAUAUUUUUACAUGUUUUAUAUACUUUGUGUUAGCAUUUAUGUCAAAUUGUGGUUUCUCAAAGAUUUUUGAAAUUUGUGUAUAAAGCAAUUACUGGAUUUCAUUUCAAUACAUCUGUAUCAUACUGCUUCAA